CCUUGUGGGUGAGGAACUGUCCCUGGUUAUGGAGUACAUGGAUGGAGGCACUCUGAGCAAUGUCAUCAGCCAGACCUACCUGUCGGAAGAUGAGAUGGCAGCCAUCAGUCGGGAGUGCCUGCAAGGACUGGAUUUUCUUCAUUCAAACCAUGUCAUCCACCAAGAUGUGAAGAGCAGCAACAUCCUUCUCAGAACUGACGGUUCUGUCAAGCUGUCUGACUUUGGCCUCCUUGCUCAGCUCAGCCCUGAGCAGGGCAGAUGGAGCUCCGUGCGUGUUAGAGCUUGGUUCCGCAUGAACCACGCUGGAUAA